AUGGAGCGAAAACCCGAAUGUUCUCCCCAGGCCAGUCGGUGUUAGCAAAAUGCCAUACGGCUAACGCAUGAAUUUGGAGACCCGGCCAAAUCCUCAAAAAGGCUGGUAAGGUGAAAUUUGAGGUGGAUUUGGGAGAAUCCAUCAGACGUUUCCACACCAAUCAACUCAAAAGUGUUCACUCUCACCCUUAUCCCGGAACGAGUGAUAGCUUUGACCCCUGUCUGGUCGUGUUGCUAGACCGUUUUUUGUUUGGUCGCUGCUUUUUGCACAAAGGACUGGCCUUUGAAUUUUUUUUUGUUUAUUUCGUUCAUUCAUGCUCACUUAUCAUGUGUUUGAAGUUACAGCUCACACUUUUCAGUUUUCAGGUAAUGGUGGCCCCAUCUCCGUACCGUACCGCAAUCAUUUAUUGUGUCAAAAGCGGAAUGACGAAAUCAGAGAUCGUUAAAAAGCUGAAAGUGUCUCGUGUUCUCGUUUUUCGAACUGCACAACGCUGACGGCGCCUCGGUACUUCAGAUGACAUACAAAGAAGGGGACGUCCAGUCACCGUCACGACUCCAGAAGCAGUCAAAGCCGUUCGAGAGAAAAUCAGAAGCACUCCGGAAAGAAGCAUGAGAAAGAUGGCAAAAGAAUAUGAAAUGAGUCAAGGAUCGAUGAGAACUAUUGUCAAGAACAAGCUGAAGAUGAUUCCCUACCGUAUGCAGAAAGGAGCCUUCCUCAAUCAAAAAAACAAGACAUUGCGGAUGAAAAAGGCUCGAAAGCUGCUCGCUGGCACGAAAGAUGGCUCGCAACUGACGACGCUAAUUACCGACGAGAAAAUCUUCACUGUGGAGGCGAACAAGAGCGGCUAA